AUGGAGGAAGAAGACCAAAGUGAAGGAGGACUGCCACAAAUUGCUUCAAUCAUGAAUAGAGUUAGAGACUUGAGAAACAAAUACAGAAAUGAAGACAAUGUGACAGAUGAGCUUAACUAUACUAAAAUCUCUGCUGAUACAACAGAUAACUCAGCAACUGUUAAUCAAAUAAUAAUGACAACAAAUAAUCCAGAAGAUUGGCUGUGUUUUUUGCUGAAGAUGGAGAAAAAGGGUAUUCCUCAGAUGGGUGUUAGCCUACUGAACAGGCUCAUUGGGCGUUACAGUCAAGCAGUGACCGUGUUACCUGCAGAGAAGCAUAGCCAGGAUGAGAACUAUGCUCGCAUCCUUGUGAGAUUUGCUGAGUUGAAAGCCCUUCAAGAUCCAGAGGAGGCACGGGACCAAUUUCAUCUGGCCAGACUGAACUGCAAGAACUUUGCUUUUGUGCACGUGGCUUUUGCACAGUUUGAGCUAUCACAAGGAAAUGUGAAGAAGUGUAAGCAGCUCCUUCAGAAAGCUGUGGAGUGCUCUGCUGUUCCACUAGAAAUGUUGGAAACUGCCCUGCAAAACUUCUAUUUGCAAAAAAAGCAGCUGCUUUCAGAUGAAGAGAAAGAGAACUUAGCAGUGCCAACUACACAAGGGUCUGGACCUCAGAGCACGGUUGGAAAUCACAGAAGCAUGAAAAAGAAUGAUUCUGGUGAAAGUUCUUCUAAUGUUACCAGACAUCUGUUUGGGGAGGAGAAGUCACAGGAACUUGAUGCUCUAGUGAAUAACCACAAUCCAUUAAGACCACUAAACAAAACCAACCAGGCCUGCCCCUUUGGGAGGGUUCCUGUUCAACUAGUAAGUGAUGAUGAUGAGGAGGAGGAGGAGGAGGAUGUGAAAUCAACAGAUUUCCCACUUACAGCUAGUGUUAUGGAGAGGGAAAUAGCCAGAUCCAAAUGUACAGCCUUCACUGCACGUUUUCCACCAUCAGAACCAAAAUCUUGUAGGGGUCAAUCAUAUGACCUGCGAGGCUUACAGUCCUGAUGAGAAAAAAAUUCUUUCUGGUUGCAGAUACCAGAUGAGAAGAGCUCUGAAACAGCUAUGAAUUCAACUUUAACACUCAAAAGCACAAUGGAUACAAAUCUUGUGAUGAAAAGAGAAGGAAAUAAAGUCCUGCAUCAGGAGCUGAAGGUACCAGAGUCAAGGAGUUUGGAAAAUCAACAGCAAGAACUUAAUUCCGGUGACAGCUGCAGAAAGCAGUUGGAACAGAUGAAAAUAAACUGUGUCAGUGCCAGGAAAGAAUGGCCAGGUCGAGAAGUGACACAGAAAAACUGCUCUCGAGAGAUAAAACAGUCAAGCCUUGAAAAAUCUGGUCAUCCCAUUUCAAAGGAAUUAUCACCACCAGAUGCAUUUUCUAGGACAAGUGAUCCACCAUAUGUUUCAGGAACACCAAGCACCACAUAUAAUGACUAUAUGGACUGUUUCAGAACACCAGUUGUAAAGAACAAAUUUCUACCAGGUCAAAUGUCUACUUCCUACAGCCAGCUCCCCUGUUUCCUACCACAUACUCCAGCAACGGGAUUUCAAAAUCAAACUGGUUUGCAGGUUCCAGCUCCUAUCCCUUCACAUGAAUGCCUUACUGUCAAAGGAAGAGUUUAUACAAUAUUAAAACAAAUAGGUAGUGGAGGUUCAAGUAAGGUGUUUCAGGUCCUGAAUGAAAAGAAGCAGCUGUAUGCUGUCAAAUACGUGAACCUGGAGGAAGCCGACCAACAGACUGUUGGGAGCUACAAGAAUGAAAUCGCUCUUUUGAGUAAACUGCAGCAACACAGUGAUAAGAUCAUUCGCCUUUAUAGCUAUGAAAUUACUGAUCAGCAUAUCUACAUGGUAAUGGAGUGUGGAAAUAUUGACCUCAAUAGCUGGCUCAAAAAGAAAAAAACCAUUGAUCCAUUGGAACGAAAGAGCUAUUGGAAAAACAUGCUGGAAGCUGUUCACACAAUCCACGAAUAUGGCAUUAUUCACAGUGACCUGAAACCAGCAAACUUUCUGAUAGUUGAUGGAAUGUUAAAGCUAAUUGACUUCGGCAUUGCAAACCAAAUGCAACCAGAUGUUACAAGCAUCAUUAAGGAUUCUCAGGUUGGCACAAUGAAUUAUAUGCCACCUGAAGCAAUAAAGGAUAUGUCUUCUUAUGGAGAAAAUGGGAAACCUCGCUCUAAGAUAAGUCCCAAAAGUGAUGUGUGGUCGUUGGGAUGCAUUUUGUACUGUAUGACAUAUAGAAGGACUCCAUUUCAACAUAUAACAAAUCCAUUUAAUAAACUGCAUGCUAUCGUUGAUCCUAGCUAUGAAAUAGAAUUUCCAGAUAUUGCUGAGAAAGAUCUUCAAGAUGUGCUAAAGCACUGUUUAAUAAGAAAUCCUAAACAAAGAAUAUCUGUUUCGGAGUUGCUGGUGCAUCCCUAUGUUCAAAUUCAAACUCAUUGCCAAACAGGUGUUCCAAAUGCAAAAGGAACAACAGAGGAAGUAAAACGUAUCCUUGGCCAGCUUGUUGGCUUGAAUUCUCCCAACUCGAUUUCUAGAGCUGCUAGGACUUUAUAUGAACAGUGCAGCAGUGGUAAACGUCUAGAUGUCUCAGCAUUUGCAAAACAUGGGAGUCAAAAGUCAUGGACAACAAAAUGA